AUGACUAUCGACAUAAUCCCACAAAAACCAACUCAAGAGCGCAAUCCACCCCCAUGGAACAGCCGCGUCCUCGAAAAACGCGCGACCCAGUUAAACCUGAUCCCCUCAGCGUGGCACCUCCCAGCACCCCUCCUAUCAAAUCCGCCAGCAUCAAGCAUAGAGAUCAUCCGCGCAAGCGGUAUUCUCUCCGCCGAUGAGCUAGCAUGGACUGAAACAACAGAUAUCCGCGACCUCGUCGAGCUGGUCAAGUCCCGGUGUGUGACGAGCGAGUCACUGACAACGGCGUUUUGUAAACGUGCUGCAAUCGCACAGCAGGUUACGAAGUGCUUAACGGAAAUCUUUUUUGAUAAGGCUCUUGAUCGUGCCAGGGAGCUUGAUGAGCAUCUACUACGUACUGGUGAGGUUGUUGGGCCUUUACAUGGGGUUCCGGUUUCUGUGAAGGACCGGUUUGAUGUUGAGGGGGUUGAUACAACUGUUGGUUGGGUGGGCUUGACCAAUAAACCAGCCAAAUCCAAUAGUUCGAUCGUGAAGUUACUAGAGGCGAUGGGUGCAGUGCUUUAUGUCAAGACAAAUGUGCCACAAUCUCUGAUGAUGUCCGACUCAUACAACCAUGUCUUCGGCCAGUCUGUUAAUGCUUUCAACCACGCCCUAAUCUCAGGCGGUAGUUCCGGUGGCGAAGGCGCCCUUGUUGGCUCCGGAGGAAGCGUCUUAGGAAUCGGUACUGACAUCGGUGGCUCGAUUCGAGUACCUUCUAAUCUACAGGGACUUUACUCUAUAUGUCCGACGACGGGACGAGUACCGUGGGACUGCUCCUUCUUACACCAGCACUACCUUAUCCCUCCCGUUGCCGGUCCGAUGGCUACAUCACUCGCUACGACAGAGUACUUUAUGGAGAAUCUCCUUGCAUCCAGCCCGUGGAACCUAGAUCCAAGCGCAGUUCCGAUCCCGUGGCGAAAAGAGCUCGCAAUCCCGUCAGCGAAUCGCAAGUUGAGACUGGGUGUUGUAUUUGAUGAUGGGGUCGUUAAGCCGCAGCCGCCUGUUGCGAGGGCAAUGAGCGAGACGGUGGAUGCAUUGAGAACUGCUGGUCAUGAAGUAAUCGAAUGGGACGCCUCCCUCCACACUGCCGCCACCAAUCUUUGGACAAAAGGCAUUCUCGCCGACGGUGGUCAGCACUGCCGCUCGCUCUGUCAGAUAGUCGACGAGCCUUUAAUUGAAGGCAUGGUUGUCGGCAAAGAGACCGAUCUUCUUUCACACGAAGAGCGAGAGCAGUUCGAAGCAACAAAACUCACACUCCAAAAUGCCUUCCUGAAGCAAUGGGUUUCAUCCGAAAUAGAUGCCCUCCUCAUGCCCGUCAUCCCGUGGGUAGGCUACAAGCCCAAGACUUGGGUGAAGAGCAAGCAGUGGCUGGGCUAUACGGCUAUGUGGAAUCUGCUGGAUUACGCAGCAGUUACUGUACCUGUUGCAAGGGCGGAUCGAGAUCAUGAUUAUGUCGGCAGUGGAGGUAAUCCUGAGUGGGAGGAACAUUCUAUUAGGAAUGAGUCGGAUGCUUUUAACUAUUUGCAGUAUGAUAUCGACCUUGUUCAUGGGAUGCCUAUCUGUGUGCAGAUUGUUGGGGGUCGAUUUGGAGAGGAAAAGGCCGUGGCGGUUGGGAAGGUCGUUGAUGAGUUGAUGAAUUCAACCCCCUUUCAUCCAUAA